AUGUCGAAAUACAACAAUCACUCUACGGGUGUGGACAUCCCAGGAUCUGCAAUGGCAGAGUACGAGGUGGCAGCUGCCGAAAAAGAGCGUGGCAAUUUCAAUAAAGAAAUGCAUGAUGAAGCUCGAAUUGAUUCUGAUUCAAAUGAAGUCAAAACAUCCUUCGAUUCAACCCAUCGCCAGCUCCGACCGCGACACAUCCAAUUGAUUGGUAUCGGUGGAACUAUUGGAACUGCUCUUUAUGUGCAAAUUGGACGUGGUUUGAUGAACGGCGGCCCUGCGAGUUUAUUUAUGGCCUUUACAAUCUGGUGUACCUUCAUCUUGGCCGUCACAAACUGCAUGAACGAAUUGGUGACAUACUUGCCCAUAUCUUCCCCCUUCAUUCGCUUCGCAGGUAGAUAUGUAGACGAAGCCUUUGGUGUCGCGGCUGGAUACAAUUUCUUCAUUUUUGAGGCUGCGCUUGUUCCCUUUGAGAUUGUGGCUUGCAAUGUAAUCAUUCAUUACUGGAGCGAAGCAGUUCCCGCCGGUGGAAUUAUUGCGAUCAUUCUGGUGGCUUAUGGUGUUAUCAAUAUUUUCGCUGUAAAGUGGUAUGGAGAAUCAGAGUUUUGGUUGGCACUCGGAAAGGUUCUUCUCAUUGUUGGCCUUAUCGGGUUCACAUUUGUUACCAUGGUAGGAGGCAAUCCGUUGGGUGACAGAUUUGGUUUCAGGUUCUGGAGAGAUCCGGGAGCGUUCGCCGAACUCUAUCAUACUGGAAACUUGGGUAGAUUUUUGGGAUUUCUUCAAUGUCUUAUCCAAGCUUCUUUCACGAUUGCCGGACCCGACUACGUCUCUAUGGCAGCUGGAGAGUGCGAAAACCCUCGAAAGGUCAUGCCAAAGGCAUUCAACGGCGUAUUCUACCGUCUUACCGCUUUCUUCGUUCUGGGCUCUCUUGCUGUUGGUAUCCUUGUCCCUCACAAUGAUGCCGAACUCAAGGCAGCUUUCCAAGAUGGGAAGCCUGGAGCAGCUGCCUCACCAUACGUUGUCGCCAUGAACAGAUUGCAGAUUCGUAUUCUGCCUGACAUCGUCAAUGCUAUGGUCUUGACCGCUGCAUUCUCUGCUGGUAAUUCGUACGUCUAUUGCGCAUCUCGAUCCCUCUACGGUCUAGCUCUUGAAGGAAAGGCGCCAAAGAUCUUGAGAAAGUGCACUAAAUCAGGAGUUCCGAUAUACUGUGUUGGAGUCACUCUCGCCAUUGCUCUUCUCUCGUUCUUGCAGGUCUCUAAUAACGCGGCUGUUGUGCUCAACUGGUUCGUCAGUCUUGUUACUGCGAGUCAAUUGAUCAACUUUAGUGUCAUGGCCUUUACUUUCAUCAAGUGGAAGAAGGCGUGUGAUGUCCAGGGGUUUGACCGAAAUACGUUACCCCACAAGAGUUUUUGGCAGCCAUUCUCCGCUUAUUAUGCGUUGACUGGAUGCUUCAUCAUGACUUUCGUUGGUGGCUAUACCGUCUUCCUACCAGGCUACUGGGAUGUUCCUACCUUCCUCUUCUCUUAUCUCAUGAUCGGAGUCUUCCCAGUUAUCUUUGUUUCCUGGAAGGUGUUGAAGAAGACCAAGUGGCUGAAGCCCGAAGAAGUUAAUCUUAGACCGUCAGAGGUGGAGGAGAUCGAGGAGUACACGAGAAACUACGUUGAAAGAAUUCCAAAGACUAGAUGGCACGGAUAUGUUGAUAGACUCUUUGGUUAG